CACUACAAGCAUUGAAAUAUUAGUAAUUACUCCCCGUCAGAUGUUUGGACACAGUUUCAAAGUUAGGGACUUCCCACUUGCCGGGUUGGAUAUGCCUAGCCCAGCUAGGCGUACUACUAGUACUAGGCCUAAGUAACGUCAAUGUUCAGUAGGCCAAUGGAGCGCAAGGAGUCGAGUCAUUUGUGGAGCUUGAGAAAAACGCGAAAGUCUUUGCGAUCGAGCAACAAUGUCUACUGUGCAGCACUUUAACUGUUGCAUAUGCGGCCAGGAGAGUCUGACCGAGGCUGACCUCCAAACCCACAUGCUGCUGGACCAUGAAGAGAGUGCGGGCAGCUGCCCCAUGUGCGACCUCCGACAUCUGACCCUGGAGGAGUUGAAUGUGCACGUGAACACAGCACAUUCUGCAGUGUUGAGCCCGGGGAAAACGGGACAGGAUCAUUCAAGAUCAUUUACUGGGAUGAAGGCUCCCGGUCCAUUGAACCAUUGUCGAAUUUCUUACGGGCAAGAAUUAUUGGAAAAUGAAUUAAUGAUCAGAGGCUGCAAUCUUGAUGUCAGUAAAGAAGGAUGUGCAAACUCGGAAGGAGAACAGCAGUAUGAAUCCUCCUUCACAAAUGCUGUUGGAGCAGGCCAAGCGGUUGACAGAAGUGAGAAGAUUGGAGGAACUGGCUCAGAAUCAGCAAAGACCUCACCAGACUAUUCUACCAGAAACAAGGGAAUCAGAAAGAAAUCAAGACCCUGUGCGUGCAGCUUUAACGCUGGAAGACCAGGUUCUGGUCACCCUGACAACUCAGAGACCUUGCAAUCAAACAAUAAAUACAGCAUAAAUGGCUUUGCACAUCCAAGCUGCAGCGACCCCUCAGGAAAGCCAGACAGUGUGGGCGACAUUAAAGCCCCCGGCCAGGGACAAACAUCCGUGCUUGUAGAGCGGAAAAGAACUAGAAGCAAAGCCCAGUUGAACUCUCCAAGUGCCAGCAACAGUGCGGUUGUUGUCAGCUGUCCUGCUGAUGAUUCCUCGGACAGGUUAUCUUUGUCCUCCUUGACAGCAACUGCAAGUCCUCUCAAGAAAAUUUUACGAUUAUUUAGUCCAAGUAAAGGUAACACAUGUGAACUUGCAGGAAAAAAAGUAAUUCAAGACACCGGGGAGGAGAAAGGGAGGAGGGAAGCUGAUCUGAGUAUGAAUCCAGGUCAAGAUGGCAAUACAUCUGUUCCAGAGUGCCCCUUCUGUGAUGCCACAGGUCUUGACUCAGAGGCCAUGUUGCGUCACGUUGAACGAGAACACAGUGAUGCUUUAGCAAGUCCCCACUCAACGACAAAAGCAGCUGGGGACAAGAACCAGUGGAACACCUCCAUGAUCCAGAAGGCUGCAGACCUAAAGCCCACACUCUUGAGCCUCAGCAGGCAGGCCCACAACCUGGAGAUGGCGAUCACGUGCCCCAUAUGUGGUCUGGGCAGUUAUGACCCAGACUUCCUGACUGUGCACAUAAACACAGAGCACAAGUUGCUGGAUGAAGAAGACCGAGCAGCAGCGGUGCUCACCGUGCCCUCAUCAGUCCCUCAGGACGAGGCCGGCCCCAGCACAAGUGCAAAUUCACAUUCCGAGCGCUCAGUAUGCCCUGUUUGUGGGAUGAGCGGUUUGAACCCAAAGCUCCUGAACGACCACGUGGAAAAUCACUUUGAGGUCGGAGGUCAGGAUUCUUUCUCAGGUGACCGACAACUUGCCAGACAGCUAGCUGAACAGGAACGACAGCUACAAGAACGAUGGCAAAGAGAAACAUUCAAACAGCUUCAGGCGAAGUACGGCAUGGAUGAAGUUGGGAGUUACAAGCAACAGUCUGAGAAAGACUUGGAGACAGCCGUAGUCCGGGGCCAAAUCACCGUCACCGAUUACAACCAACGUAAGACAAGCCUUCAACGAUCCCUGGCAGUGGGUGUCGACGACGGAAAGUCUCGUACCUCUGGCUUGGUUCAGAAGAUGGUGACAUACUACACAGAAAAGACGAUUCCAGGGUUGAGCUACGCCAAACUGUGCUGCGAUGCAGACCACUACUCAUCCUCGUACGGUGACAAGGGAUGGGGCUGCGGCUAUCGCAACCUGCAGAUGCUGCUCUCAUCUCUGGUUCACAUUGACGAUUACCGGCAGGUUCUCUUCAGUGGAAGGAAUGCCAUCCCGUCCAUCUCCAAGCUCCAGCAGCUCAUCGAGUCAGCCUGGGCCAAGGGCUUCGACCUCCAGGGACAGGAGCAGCUGGGGGGCUGCUUGGUCAACUCCCGGAAGUGGAUCGGCGCCACAGAAAUCGCGGCUGUGCUGUCCUCCCUCCGGGCCAAGUGUCGCUUGGUGGACUUCCACCGGCCGACGGGAGCCGGGGGCACCCAUCCGGCUAUGUUCGAGUGGGUGCGGGACUAUUUUGGCAAGCCUAGGUCCAGUAGCCUGAAGCUACGAGUGCUCGGGGGUCAUGGUCCCAGAGGAGAGACCAUACAGACAAGGAAAACACCAUUGUACCUACAACACGAAGGGCACAGCAGGACUGUUGUUGGUUGUGAGGUUCACAAAGAUGGCUCCAUAAGGCUCCUGCUCUUUGACCCCAGCUACCAGGUCAGUGAUAUGCAAGGACUAGGGUUGGCUAAGCUGGAUGAAUAUGCCAUGCGGCCAGUCAGGAAGAGCCUUGCCCAGAUGAAAUCCAAACAGUACCAGAUUGUGAGUGUUGAUAGGCUGAUGACAUCCGAUCAAGAAUAUGAGCAAAGUAAAAUUCUGCAGUCUGAGAGAAAGCCGUGAUUGCAAAGCGUUCAGAAGUCAUGAGUGAUAUCCCUACACACAUUACGAAGAGUAAUUAUAUUAUUUUUAGUAUCAACCUUUACUCAUCGAAUAAAGGGUAUUUAACUGGUGUCUAAAUGUUUACAACCUUUACCCCAAUCUUGAAUCCUCCAAUUUCAACAAAUUUUUAAUCACCCUAAGGGUAAAGGGUGAUUAAAAAUGUGUAGAAAUGGGAUGAUUCAAGAUUGUUAGGAUUUUUUCAGGGCCCCAAGCAGUAACAGUUUCCUAGACACAUGUUUUUGUGUUAUUUGAUACUAUUCCUCAGUGUAUGAAAACAAUUUGAUGUCCUUUUGGAGUUAAGUGUAGAAAGCAUUGUUUUUGACAUUUUUCAACUUUUCCAUGCCCCAGGACAACAGGCAGCACUGUUGCUGUGACACUGUUUAGUUCAUGAGUAUUUCUGUUCAAACUGUGAAGCACAUUUGAGAGAGGGUUGUUCGGUUCGGUGUCUCAUUGUGGUAUACCCAAACAAAAGUGAAUCUCCAGUGAAACUGAAAAUUGAGAACAGCAAAAUACCAAACAAUUCCAGUACAUGCAGUUCUUUCGUGCACAGAUCAAGGCAACAGUGAGGUUUCACCGUGGAUAGGCAUCAUGGAUCUACUCAUUAACAUGGAAAUUUACAUUGUAUAACAUAAAAAGUGAAAAAAGAACCACCAAAUUGUUAUCAUUUUAAAAUGAUAUCCUUUGGUCAGGGUAAUGGUUUAAAUAUACAUGUACAAACAGCAGAGUUUUUACAGGAAUUUGCCCUAUGAAAAGUGAUGAUUUGCUUGAACUUUAGUAAUAUACUGUACAUUGACUGUGAAGAAUGCCUUCCUUCAUUUUGAUAAAGCCACUUUAGCUGAUAUCCCUGUGCAUUUUUAACGGCAUAAAUAAACUAGACAUGACAGUA